UGAACGUAAAUGGUAUAAGCUUGGCCGUGUAGUUCAACUCGUUGAGCUGGUGUUCGUCAUUUGGCCAAUGAAGCUACUUGUACUAGGGAAAUCCUACUGGUCGGGCCACAUGCGCCAACAUGACUUGUUUAAGGUGCCAUCUCAGAUUGGCAGUACAGGCAGCAGAAUGGCAGAAAUUAUUGGCAUGGAGAGCCUGUGGGACUCCUGGUUCUCCUCCUGGUCCACCCGUGUCCCAAAAGAUAUCAUCAACAUGGUGUUGGAACUAGUGUCGACAACAACUAAAGUUGGUCAGAUUGACAUCAGGAAAUCACGUGGCCAGAAUGCCCUAAACAAAGGCAACCUCUUAUUUGGGGAGGAACUAGCAUGGAGCGUGGGAUUGGAUCUGGAGGAGAGCAUCCUCGUGUGGCACAUCGCCACUCAUGUCUACCUCGAGUGGUUCCGCACGAAGGUCCAUCAGACAACAACAAAGCAGCCAAAAAGAAUAGCAGAUCUUUGCAAGGCAACAAAGGCUCUCUGCAAUUACAUGUUUUUUCUGCUGGCCUCCCGUCCCUACAUGUUGCCUUACCCUGUUAACCGCCAGAGGUAUGUCCAGCUGUGCCAUGAUUCAAUCACUCUUCUGGGCAGAUGCCACGUCCGCGACCUGCUCAGGGCCAUAUCUUACCAGACGGAGCGCUUGAUGGAAGGACAAACACUUAAAACCACAAGAAAUACCUGCUCUUUGUAUCGCACAGUAAGUCAACUUGACAAAGGAUGUAAGCUUGCCGCAAAGCUGAUCCACACAAUAGAGGGAGCAGGAAGAGGUACGAAUGCUGAUGGCACCCUCGAGAUGAUCUUCGAGGUUUGGGUGGAGAUGUUAUGCUACACGGCCUACUCGUGUAACGAGAAAUCUCAUGCCAAAAACCUGACAAGCGGUGGUGACCUCAUGACAAUCGUUGCACUUAUGAUGGUAUACAUGUCAAAUGGCUUUAUUAUUCAGAAAUCAAAGGAGGAGGAGGAGAAGAAGAAGACGAGCGAUGAGGAGGCUGGCACUUCGUCGACUUAGUUGGACCAGUGUACGUACGUACUUGUUGCCAAAUUCGAUUGGGCUAGACGCGCAUCUAUCCACCGUAUUAAGUCUAUAUUUAUCACCAA